AUGGAAGGAAGUUUUACAGCUUUGACAUACUAUCUAAAGGUUGUAGGGCAGGCGGAAUCCCCCCCAAAACAGGCUGACCCUCCUCCAUCAGUGGCAGAUGGACAAUACUAGGAUGAACUCCUUCUUAGAGUAUGCAAUUUGUAACCGUGGGACGGGCGCCUACCACCAUUUAGAGCAAAGCUCCCCUUCCUUCCCCUCUUGCUCAGGUAACCCCGCCAGUGACACUUUUAACGGAGACGGGCGCUUUGGCGUGGGAGGGAGCGCGGCCGCGGCCGCCCAUCUCCCCCAGCAGAGCCCCGGCUACCACCCUCCCUCCUCCGGCCGCCCCGUCCCCUUCGCGGGCGCUGCCCCAGCCGCCGGGUACCCAGCCCAAACCUGCAGCCCCGGCUACGGGCACCACCAGCUCUACCUCGGCCAGCAGGACGCGGACGGUGUGUACUUCCAAGCGGCCGGGUACUCCGCCAACGCGGGAUCCAACCUCAGCUCCUUAGCAGAGAGCUACUGCGGGGCGGUGGCAGCUGCUGGGCAGUACCAGCAACACCACCUUUACGGGCAGGAGCAGCCCAGCUACUUGCCUGGCGUUUACAGCAACCUCUCGUCUUCUUUAAAUGAGGACAAAGACCCUGCGUGCCCCCCCGAGCAGUGCCCCAACGCCAGCUCCACGCAGACCUUCGACUGGAUGAAAGUGAAGAGGAACCCGCCCAAGACAGCUAAAGUGUCGGAGUACGGACUGCUGGGCCAGCCCAACACCAUCCGCACCAACUUCACCACCAAGCAGCUGACGGAGCUGGAGAAGGAGUUUCACUUUAACAAGUACCUCACCCGGGCCCGGCGGGUGGAGAUCGCUGCUACCUUGGAGCUCAACGAAACCCAGGUCAAAAUCUGGUUCCAGAACCGACGGAUGAAGCAGAAGAAGAGGGAAAAGGAAGGUCUCGCCCCGGCUGCUGCCUCCAGGUCUGCCAAGGAAGCGAGUGAAGCCUCGGAUCAGUCCAACUGCACCUCACCUGAGGCCUCCCCCAGCUCGGUGUCUUCCUGA